GUCAACAGAAUGUCACAACAGACACUUUACUUAACUUUGUUCCUGCUUUCCCUUUAAUGUUACUCUCACGUGUUUUCAACACGGCUGCUCAAAUGAAACCGCACGUUUGUAGAAGACCGAGCCGCGGACGCGCUUUAAGCGGAGAUUUUAACUUGUUGGGUCGGUAGGAAAAAAAAAAAAAAGCUUGAAAAUGUCGAACGAUUCGUUUUUAUCGAGGAUUAACGUGGUGCUGGUGAUGGCCUACGGCAGUCUGGUCUUCGUUUUGCUCUUCAUAUUUGUCAAAAGACAAAUAAUGCGACUUGCCAUGAAGUCUCGGAGAGGACCGCAUGUUCCCAUUGGCCACAACGCGCCCAAGGAGCUGAGACAAGAAAUUGAAGCCAAACUAAGCGAGGUCCAGAAAAUCCACUUUGAACCUCGUCUGCUGUCUCCAGACGAUAACCGGCUAAAGCACAGCGAACAAACUGCUUCGUAUGACUACCUGUACAGAAUGAAAGCUCUGGACGCCGUCAGAGACGUCGAUUUCCCGUUCCGUGAGCUGGGUGGAUCGUCCACCGCCGUAACGGGAAAGAGAUUCCGUACCUGGCUCUUGCAGCUGAGGAAUUCCCCCGGUGCGUUCAGAGACAACGAAAGCUCUCUGAUUGACACCGUGCUGGAUGGGUACAACAGCGCGCGGCACGGGUCAGAGGCAUUCGGUGAAGCAGAGUUUAUGAAAUACAAAGAAGCUUUAACCGAGCUGGCCUCACUCGUGAAGUCCCACAGGAGCGCCAAUCCGAGCCAGCACCACCAGUCCGCAGCCAAAGACCUGACCAGUACCCCCGAGUCCCCCAGCGCGUCCUCCCCGACCCAGACCACCUACCUCACCUCCAGCUUCCAGCAGCGCAGCAAGAGGUCCAGGCACUUCCUGGAGCUGAAGAACUUCAAAGAUAACUACAACACCCUGGAUAGCACCUUCUGAGCGUCGUUUGAGCUCGUCCAGUGAAAAAGGCCAGAACGACACCGUGCUGCCAGUGAUUACAGUGCCUGUGAAGUGCAAAAAGAAAAGUUCCACUGCCUUCAUAUACGAACAUGUAUUGCCUGGUUUACACUAUAUUGCAUAUCAAAUGACUGGUACAGUUAACUUAGUGUUGCUUCUUCAUAUAUCCUGUCAUGUUGCAUGUGCGAGCGCUAUUUAUGGAUAGCAGAGUAACUACAAUGAGUUGAUUUGACCAAAACGAAACCAGAGCUAUGCAAUGGCAUCCGACAGUGGUUUUCAAGGUGGAGGAAAAGUUUCAGCCUUAAUUUGUCCUUUUUGUUUUUAUUUUUGAGGAGAACUGGUUAAGUCAGGGUUUUUACGUUGAGGGUAAAACUGUUCAUUGUUUUGUUGAAACGUGUUUUUAGAGGUGAAUUUAUUGCAGAUGUAUUGUAGAUGAAUUACAAUGACUUUGGUGCAAAGCCAAAGUUAAGUGUAACAGUUACUGACUAUACAAACAAGCUUUCCCGAUAUUUCUCAGCUUCUGCAUUAACAAGCGUAAUGAGAAUUAUGCCUUAAUGACAGCUUAUGUUAUUGCGCACACAGCAUGUGCAGCAUGAGUUUGUGGGGCAAUGCAAUUUACGUCCUGAAGGGGGGAUAUCCUCCCACAUGUUAAAAAAAAAAAUACUUCUGGUGUCAGACAAUCAGUAUUUAUUGCACAAUGUACAGGCCUAUGCAGAUUUAUGCUAAUUAAUCGGAUGUCUAUUACUGCUCAUUGAUUUAUUUUUUUCUCUCAAGGAAAUCCAGCGUUGACAGCUGCUUCACACUGAGGAAAACACUGUUCAUUUUACUUAUGUUUACAUUCAUGUCUGUGCCGUUUUGUCCCUCGGUUAAUUCAACAUGUUUAAGUUGGUUUUUUUAAAGCCUUAAAUACUUGUUUGACAGAGGCCUUCUUUGUUUUCCGUGAACUGUGAUGAAUUGCUUUGUUACACUUUAACCGGUUAUCUCAGUGCAAUGUAACAUGACAGUAUUUUCGAUCAUUAAUCUGUUCUGAAUGUAAGUCUCUUCGCCCAGACUGUUCCCCAAAAGUCUGAACUGUCUGUUUCAUUUGAUAUUUGAAGAUUCCCAGGGAGGCAUGUGAUGCCCGAGUAACUUCGGUUUUGGUGUUGAUUACUGUGAAAUAAUAAAACUGUGAGAUACGGUU